AUGGGACAAUACGUAGCUCGGAACACGGCUGACAAAACAGGAGGAUCCGGGAAGCAGAAAAACGUUGUCAACGUGGUACUGGGCGGAUCCUGCUCCCCUCCCCCCAGCCCGGACUCCUGUCAAGAAGUAAUGUCCAUUCAAGCCUUCCCCGAACAAGUAAUUUCCUUCAGCAGCAAGGACUUCGAAGGGGUCACCCGGGGUCACAAUCAAGCCUUAGUGGUAACCCUUGAUAUGGCCGAAAAUGAAGUGAGGAGGAUCCUGGUAGACAACGGCUCUUCAGCCAACAUUCUGUUCAAACACACCAUGGAUCGAAUGGAACUAGGAAGCAUCCGGAUGAACGACUACAGGGAGGAUCCUUUAUAUGGAUUCGGGAACAGCAUUGUCCCGGUCCUUGGCACACUUUAUCUCCCGGUCCGAUUCGGAACUCUCCCGAACCAAGUCACCCACACCAUCAAAUUCUAUGUGACGGAUACACCCUCCCCUUACAACGUGAUCAUCGGCCGCCCAGGUCUGAACAAGAUCGAAGCUAUUACUUCCAUCCCACACCUAAAGUUCAAGUUCCCAACCCCGUUCGGGGAAGGGGAAGUCAGAGGAGAUUCGGCAACAGCCGGGAUGUGUUACAGCCAAGCCUUGGUCAUGGCGGAAACACACCUGGACAACAAAAGAAAGGCAACCGUUUUCCAAAAGCAGAAAAGCAACAAGAAGCAUCGGCCUUACCAGAGAACAAACCCCAAGGGUGAAGUCCAGGUCAUCGACCUAGACCCGGGCAGUCAAAACCCGGGAGCAACCAAUCCUGGUCCUGGACAAAGCAACCAGAAAGCAAUCAUGAACCCAGCUCAAAAUUUCGUUGAGAAGAACACCGAUGCCCGGAUCCAACAAAUGAUCUCGGCACAAGAAUUAACCAAGGUCGAAGCCGCGGUCGAGACCGAGUCGGUCCUGAUCGAAAAAGACAACCCGACAAGGAAAAUCAAAAUUGGAAGGAAUUUGGAAUGCUACGUCGACGACAUCAUCUCCAAAUCCACUUCGAUCCCGGGCCACAUUUCUGAUCUCAAAGAAUGUUUUGAGAACAUGAGAAGGACUAAGCUCAAGCUCAACCCGGACAAGUGCACCUUUGGAGUAGAGGCUGGAAAGUUUUUGGGUUUUAUGGUAAGCAACCGGGGUAUCGAGGCCAACCCGGAGAAGAUCAAAGCUGUGCAAGAGAUGCAACCACCUCGGACUCAGAGGGAGGUCCAAAAGCUAGCAGGGUCCUUAGCGGCACUCCGAAGGUUUGUCUCCAAACUCGCUGAAAGAUGUCUACCAUUCUUUGAAUUGUUAAAAGGGGCAAAAAAUCAGAAAUUAGUAGAAUGGAACCCGGACUGCCAAAGAGCCCUUGAUGAAAUCAAAGCAUAUCUGUCCAAACCCCCAAUCCUGACAAAAGCCUUACCCGGAGAACCUCUCUACCUAUACCUGUCGGCCGGUCCCUUGGCCGUCGGGGCAGCCUUGAUCCGGGAGGAAGCCGGGCAACAGAAGCCUGUCUACUAUGUCAGCCAAGUCCUCAAAGAUGCGGAGACCAGAUACCCCAACUUAGAAAAAUUUGCAUUUGCACUGAUCACCGCGUCCAGGAAACUCAGACACUACUUUCAAGGAAGAGAGAUCAGGAUUGUCACAGACCAACCGUUAAGGAAAAUUAUUCACAAACCAGACAUAUCCGGAAGACUGGUGAACUGGGCAAUCGAGCUUAGCCAGUUCAGCCUAACGUUUCUACCCCGGACAGCAGUCAAAGCCCAGGUCCUGGCAGACUUCGUAGUGGAAUGCAACUUUCCAGAGAACCAGACAACCCCCAUGGAAACUGACCCGGAAGCCCCGGGAGAACUCAACCUGGAGUCUUGGACACUUCACGUCGACGGUUCCUCAACAACCGAAAGAUCAGGAGCCGGGAUAAUCCUGAAAAGCCCGGAUGGGUUCGUAAUCAAAACAGCAAUCUCUUUCAACUUCGCAGCAACCAACAACCAAGCGGAGUACGAAGCCCUGUUGGCGGGGUUAAAGUUGGUCCGAACACUGUCAAUCCGGAACCUUAUCAUCUACAGCGACUCACAAAUCGUGGUCAGGCAGACAAAUGGGGAAUACCUCGCCAAAGACCCGAUCCUGACCAGGUAUCAAGCCUUGGUGAAAAGUUACCUUACCCUGAUCCCCGGGUGCAAAAUCUUGCAAGUCAACAGGGAAGAAAACGCGGAGGCGGACAAUCUUUCCAGGUUGGUCCAAAAUUCAGCAGACCUGGAUAGCUCGGUCUAUUUCGAAGAGCUGCACAAGCCAACAAUAGAGCAGGAAGAAAUCUUUGAAAUUAACAAUGACCCUACCUGGAUGACUCCCCUGAUCAACUAUAUAGAGAAGGGAGAGUUACCCGAAGACAAGGGGAAAGCACAACGGCUGAAGGCUAAGGCGGCCAAAUUUUUUGUCGAAGGAGGAACACUCUUCCGCCGAACCUACUCAUCCCCAAUCCUGAAAUGCAUAGGUCCGGAGGAGGCCGAAUAUUGUCUAAGAGAGGUUCACGAAGGGAUCUGUGGAGAUCACAUGUCGGCAAAAGGCCUGGCAUAUAAAAUCAUCCGGCAAGGCUACUAUUGGCCAACUAUCCACCAGGACGCCAUGGAGUUUGUAAAAAAAUGCAAGAACUACCAGCUGUUCAGCAACGUACCCCGGGUAAGCCCUGUCCUACCUUCUUCAGUUCUAUCCCCGAUCCCUUUUGCUAUUUGGGGGAUAGACAUCAUGGGACCUUUUCCCCGGGCUAAAGGAGACCUUAGGUACUUGCUAGUCUCCAUCGACUACAUGACCAAGUGGGUCGAAGCUAAAGCAAUGCGGACGAUCAAUCAGCAAGAUGUCAUCCGGUUCAUGGACAACAUCCUGAUCAGAUUCGGGCUACCAAGAGUCCUGGUUUCAGACAAUGGACCCCAGUUCAUAGGGUCGGACUUCGAAAGCUACCUGGCUGAAAGAGGCAUCAAGCACAAGAAGUCUUCAGUCGCCUAUCCCCAAGGAAAUGGCCAGGUAGAAGUCACCAACCGUAUCCUACUGAGAGGAAUUGAGAAAAGGCUGGAGGAAAGCAAAAGCAAGUGGCCAGAAGAACUACCCCAUGUCCUCUGGUCAUACCGAACCAGUCCUCGAACAAGCACCGGAGAAACUCCUUUCAAGUUGGCAUACGGAACGGAGGCAAUGCUCCCGAUCGAAGUCGGGUCACCUUCCCACAGAGCAAUCAACUUUGAUGAAAUUGCGAACGAAGAAGGACUCCGGGUCAACCUGGACUUGAUAGAUGAGGUCCGAGACCAGGCAAUCGCAAGGAUGGAAAAAUACAAAGAAAAGACUCGGGAUCACUUCAGCAAGAAAUCCCGGGUUAGGAAUUUUCAAAUAGGAGACCUGGUCCUACGAGACACCGAAGCCUCUGAUCCAACCAACACUGGCAAGCUGAUGCCUAAGUGGGAAGGCCCCUACAAAGUCAAAGAAGUCCUAAGGCCGGGCACCUACAAAUUGGGGCAUAUGGACGGGUCAGAAGUAUCCAACACCUGGCAUGGUCUUAGGUUGAGGAAGUUCUAUCAGUAA